ACUACAACCUUUUAACCUUCAUUUUUUUUUUGCUGAUCUUUUUAUAAUUCCCCGGCCUUUCGAAUCAAACACCAUGGAUUCCGGUGACUGGAGCAACCAUAUGGUGUUACGACCGGACAAAGCCGGUCCUUUGGUCCUCAUACGCUUCUUAUUGUACAACUACAUGGCAGAAGACGCAUUCAUAGAAUGUCCAAAGGGAAAGGAGAAUGAAAACCUCAAACGCAAAUGGCUUAUAGUCCUCUCCCUUAUUGGACAAAUAUUUUUUUUAUUGGUUGAUAAACCCUUGAAAAUCUUUGGAGCUGCCAUUGAAUGGUUUCUUAACUUUCUCUCCGCUAACCAAAACUUUCGUGGCCUCCUUCUCAAUCUUUUACGAGGUAAGUUGGUGAAACCGCAUAGAAAAUCUGCAACUUAUAUGACGGUUCUUGGACACCUAGACAAGCGAGUGAAGUUGGAUAGGAAUUUAAGUCCCGGAGACGACAAGUAUAGUAGGGCACUCUGUGCCAUGGCUGCUAAAGUAGCCUACGAAAACAAAGCCUUCAUUUCAACCACGGUCACAAAAGAUUGGGAGAUGGAUUUUAUCCGUUUCUACAAGUUUUUUAAUUUCUCUCAAAUGAAGCCUACUACCGAAGCCUACAUGUUCAUGGACAAUAAAAAUAAAGACACUGAAGUGGUUGUGGUUGCCUUUAGAGGCACUGAACCUUUCGAUGGAUAUGCAUGGAGUACAGACCUUGAUAUUUCGUGGUAUGAAUACCCUGGAAUGGGAAAAGUCCAUGGCGGAUUUAUGAAAGCUCUAGGGUUACUGGAAAAUGGAAGCUGGCCAAAAGAAAUCCAUCGAAACAAAGAACGAGGAUCAGCUUAUUACAAAAUCAGAAGAAAGCUGAGAAAACUUUUGCUUAACAACAGGAAAAGGAAAUUCAUAGUGACCGGUCACAGCUUGGGUGGGGCAUUGGCAAUUUUGUUCAUAGCAAUUCUGGCAUUUCAUGAUGAGAAAUCGUUGCUAAAGAAAUUGGAAGGGGUUUAUACAUUUGGACAACCCAGGGUUGGAGACGAAGAUUUCAGUAUCUUCAUGCAAAAUAAAAUAAAAGAUUUUCAUAUUAACUAUCAAAGAAUUGUUUACAGCAGUGAUAUCGUUCCAAGGGUUCCCUCGGAUGAUCCAACACUUAUGUUCAAACACUUUGGAAACUGUAUCUACUACAAUAGCCUCUAUAAAGCCAAGAAACUCGAAGAAGAGCCAAACAAAAAUUACUUUAGUCGAAAAAUAAUGGAGAGAAUCAACAAGCACCUGAAUUCAUUUUUUGAGCUGAUAAGAAGCUUCAUUAUGCCUAACUUACAAGGGCCAGAGUACAGUGAAAAUUUGUUGCUAAAAGCAUUUAGGGUAUGUGGACUCCUAUUUCCAGGUGUUGUAGCUCAUAAUACCUAUGAUUAUGUUAAUGCAACCCGAUUGGGGGAUGUUCUCGCAAAUAUAUAGCAAUGGGUAAGUAAUUGUGCUAUGAGAGAUACUAUACAUGUUGCUCAAUCUUUUUAGUUCCUGGCGCUUUCUAUCAAAUUCGCAAGAGUUUGUUUGUUUUUGGUUCUCCCUUUUUAUGGUUCUCUCUCACGAAGAAUAUGAAAGAGAGUUGGUUUGUUUAAAGAAACAAUAAUAAUAAAGAAAAGAGUUGAUUUAUUAUUA